AUGCAGAUGGAGACAAAUGUUACUUGCUCCGGUCUCAAUGAUGGGCAGUGGCAUGAAGUCCGAUUCCUAGCCAAGGAAAAUUUUGCAGUCCUCACCAUUGAUGGAGAUGAAGCUUCAGCUGUUCGAACAAACAGCCCUCUGCAAGUUAAGACGGGAGAGAAAUAUUUCUUUGGAGGGUUUCCUGUGCAGAUGAAUGACUCGGAUCACUCGCUGUUUCAGCAUUCGUUUCAAGGGUGCAUGCAGUUCAUUCACGUGGAUGAUCAGCUGGUGGACUUGCAAGCAGUGGAACAAGGCAAGCUGGGAAGCUUUGCCAAUGUCACCAUUGACAUGUGUGCUAUUAUUGACAGGUGCGUGCCCAACCACUGCGAACACGGAGGCAAAUGCACCCAGACAUGGGACAGCUUCAAGUGCACUUGCGAUGGAACUGGAUACAGCGGCGCCACUUGCCAUAACUCUAUUUAUGAACUCUCAUGUGAAGCCUACAAACACUUGGGCAAAACUUCAAACAACUACUGGAUAGAUCCAGAUGGCAGCGGGGCACUGGGACCUUUGAAAGUUUACUGCAACAUGACAGAGGAUAAAGUUUGGACAACUGUGUAUCAUGACCUGCCAAUGCAGACUUCUGUGGGAGGCAACAGCUUGGAGAAAUUAUCUGUACUGCAGCUCAACUACAGUGCGACUAUGGACCAGAUUUCCGCCAUCACCAAUAGUGCUGAGUACUGCGAGCAGUUUAUCUCCUACUCUUGCAAGAUGUCCCGGCUGCUGAACACACCAGAAGGGAACCCGUACACGUGGUGGGUCGGCAAGGCCAAUGAGAAGCACUACUACUGGGGCGGCUCGGGACCCGGCAUUCAGAAAUGCGCCUGCGGCAUCGAGCGCAACUGCACCGACCCCAAGUAUUACUGCAACUGCGACGCCGACUACAAGCAGUGGAGAAAAGACACCGGGAUGUUGUCAUACAAAGAGCACCUCCCAGUGAGUCAAGUCGUGGUGGGAGACAUUGACCGACCUGGCUCCGAAGCCAAGAUAUCUGUGGGUCCUGUGCGUUGUCAAGGAGAUAGGAACUACUGGAAUGCUGCUUCUUUCUUUACUUCCUCCUCCUACCUGCACUUCUCCACCUUCCAAGGGGAGACCAGCGCUGAUAUCUCCUUCUAUUUCAAGACGUCGGCCUCGGACGGAGUGUUUCUGGAGAACCUGGGGAACACGGACUUCAUCAAACUGGAGCUGAAAUCUGCUACAGAGGUGUCCUUCUCAUUUGAUGUUGGCAAUGGACCUGUGGAAAUUGUCGUCCGGUCUCCCAGCCCACUCAACGAUGACCAGUGGCAUCGGGUCAAUGCUGAGAGGAACGUCAAGCAGGCCAGCCUGCAGGUGGACCAGCUGCCCGUGGAGGUGCGGAAGGCACCCACAGAAGGACACACGCGCCUGGAGCUCUACAGCCAGCUCUAUGUUGGUGCUGCUGGGGGCCAGCGAGGCUUUCUGGGGUGCAUCCGUUCACUGAGGAUGAACGGGGUGACGCUGGACCUGGAAGAGAGAGCAAAAAUCACACUGGGGGUGAAGCCUGGAUGCUCUGGCCACUGCACAAGCUAUGGGAUGUACUGCGCAAACGGCGGGAAGUGUGUCGAGAAGUACAACGGCUACUCCUGUGACUGCUCCGGAACGGCCUACGAUGGCCCGUUUUGCAUCAAAGAUGUUGGGGCAUUUUUCGAAGAAGGAAUGUGGCUUCGUUACAACUUCCACUCCCCAGGGACCAGCAUGAAGGACGUAGUUAGCCGGACACUGUUGAGUUCUGCAGACCAUGAGAUCACAGUGCCAGACCUCAGCUUGAAUAAGGAAGAGCUCAGCUUCAGCUUCAGCACCACCAAGUCCCCUUGCGUCCUAUUGUACAUCAGCUCCUACACCCAGGACUACAUGGCAGUGCUUGUCAAGCCAUCUGGGACUUUACAAAUUCGAUACAACCUAGGAGGCACCAGAGAGCCAUAUAACAUUGACGUUGAGCACCGGAACAUGGCGAACGGGCAGCCCCAUACUGUUAACAUCACGCGGAACGGAAGGGACAUAGUGCUCCAGCUUGAUCACUAUCCUCCAGCAAGUUACAGCCUACCGUCAACAUCUGACACCCAGUUCAAUUCCCCAAAGGCACUCUUCCUAGGAAAAGUUAUAGAAAUUGGCAAGAUCGAUCAAGAUAUCUAUAAAUACAACACACCGGGAUUCACUGGCUGCCUCUCCAGAGUACAGUUCAACCAGAUCGCUCCACUCAAAGCAGCUCUGAGGCCUACCAACAUCUCCUCUCACGUGCACAUCCAAGGAGAGCUAGUGGAGUCCAACUGCGGCGCGUCCCCCUUGACAAUCCCACCCAUGUCGGCCGCUACAGACCCGUGGCACUUAGAUUCGGCCAGUGCUGACUUCCCGUACAACGGUCAAGCUAUAGGAGAUGGGGUUAACAGAAACUCGGCCAUUAUUGGAGGUGUCAUCGCUGUGGUGAUCUUCACCAUCCUCUGCACCCUGGUCUUCCUCAUCCGCUACAUGUUCCGCCACAAGGGCACCUACCACACCAACGAGGCCAAGGGCGCGGAGUCGGCCGAGAGCGCCGACGCAGCCAUCAUGAACAACGACCCCAACUUCACGGAGACCAUCGACGAGAGCAAAAAGGAAUGGCUGAUCUGAGCCCGGCGGCACGCGGGGGCA